AUGAUUUGCUGAAUCAAUCACGAGAGAUUUACUGCGUUCCUCGUCAUAAAAACAGCAAAGGCAAAGAGAAAGUUGGAAUCUGCCUCAAUUUCCAAGUCUCCUGCCCAAUACUGUUUCAUGAAAAAAAAAACGUCGUGGAUUUUUUAUGAAAAAUGAAACUGCGAACAUCAGCAAAAUUUAACGUUUUGUGAUUCUCGGAUUACUCGAUAAUCUUAUUCAAUUUCCUCGCGGCGAGUUCGUGAUAUCGCCGUAAACACAAAUGUGAUAACUUCGACCUGCUCAACACUCAGGCAGCAGAAAUAUGGCAUUUGACAGUCCACACUGCGCUCCGGAUUUCCCAAACCAUCAAAAACUAAAACACAAUUUCAUCAGCCUGAUGGAAACUCGAGGGCGCACAGCAGUGGACCGUCUUGAACGAGAAAUUGGCGGCGUUAAAGCAAUCGUGCAGAAGCUUCACACUUCCACCAGAAAGGGUCUGAUUGGUAUUAAAGAUGGGCUCGCAAGAAGAGAAGUUUUCGGCAGCAAUCAUCUGCCGGUUAAGCCGCCUCAGAGCUUUUUGCGAUCGCUUCUUUACUCGCUCACAGACUCUGUGUUAAUAAUUUUAGUACUGGGAGCCAUUGCUGCUCUGAUUCUUGGCUGGUAUCACCCUGAAGUCUGCGAUGGAAUAGAACAAACCAGUACAGCUUGGAUGGAAGGCUGCGGAAUUCUCGGCACUGUGGUUGUAAUCAUUCUGUGUUCAGCUCUGAGUGACUUCUUUCGAGACCGUGAAUUUUAUAGAAUGCAAAUUAGAAUGGAGAACAGUCGAACAUGCACUGUCAUAAGAAGUGGAAAAGAAAUGAAAAUCUGUUGCAAGAAUCUCAAAGUUGGUGAUCUAUGCGUUCUAGAAGUCGGUGCAAUUGUUCCAGCGGAUGGUGUUCUCGUUCAGUCGAAUGAAUUAGUCACAAAUGACAGUAAUGUUGACGAUGGAGUGAUGGAGGCCUUCAAAGGCGAUGCAGACCCUUUGGUGUUCGCUGGAAGUUACGUGAGAGAGGGAAGUGGCAGAUUUUUAGUCAUUGCUGUCGGUAAGGACACUCAAGCUUACAAAAAGCAGGAGGGCAAGCCAAAGGAUUCUGGUCAAGGGUUUAACCCAGAUGACGAACGUGGAACCUUGCAGGGAAAGCUUAACAAGGCCUCGGCUAUCUUAGGCCUUAUUGGCAUCAUUGUCGGCGCGCUGGUGACGCUUAUUAUUAUCUUUAGAUUCAGCCUUAAAACAUACUCAGUGGACGGUAAGAGUUACGAUGUAAGUCACUGGAUUGAGUUCGUACAGGCUAUAAUAAUAGGAAUAGUCAUCAUCAUCAUCGCUGAACCAGAAGCACUAUCAUUAGCUGUCACAAUAACACUCUCUUACUGUAUAGAGAAGUUGCAUUCCAGGCAAAUAUUAGUCCGGAAUGUUGAUGUGGUGGAAAAGAUGGGGAACCUAACGACGUUAUGUUGUGGAAAAACAGGUGUGUUGACUGAGCUGAGUGAACUGACUGUCUCGGAACAAGUGGUGGAGUGUUGUAUGGCUGACCAGAUAUUCACUGGAGAUCCGCGUUUUUACAGCAACAGGUUGCCCUCGAAUGUAGUUAAAGACCUAUGUGAUGCAAUAUCAAUCAACACCAGUUACUCCUCUAAUAUCACGUCGUCAGGCCCUGAAUGUCUCCCAAAGCAAACCGGUGACAGGACAGAGUGUGCUCUUCUCCAGUUUGUGCUUGAUUUGGGCGUGUACUACCCUUUCAUAAGGAAAGAACAUCCAGAGGAAACAUUUGUCAAGGUGUUUGGCUUCUCUCCGGAACGUAAGUUUAUGAGCACAGUCAUUGGGGAUGGAAAUGAGUACAAGAUUUACGCCAAAGGAGCACCCGAAGCCAUUCUCCCAAGGUGCACAGGGAUUUUUAUGGAAGGAGGAAGGGUUGCUAUGUUUACUCCCGAAGAUAAAGACCAUAUCGGCCAAGUUAUUAGACACAUGCAAGAGUGGAGUCAUUUAAAAGUCAUGUGUCUUACUCAAAGAUCCCUGUACCCCUCAGUGGGCGAUCCACAGUGGGAUAACGAAGAGGAAGUGAUAUCAGAGAUGACGUUGAUUGGAAUUGUGGGUAUCGACACGGUGGAUGAGGAUGCGACUGUUGAAAGUAGAAAAAGAGCAAUGGAAGGAAAAUUGGGUGGGAAGACUUUUCGAAGGUUUCAACACUUGAAGAGAUAUAAAGAUGACAACUUGAAACACCCAGAUUUUCUCGAGGACAUCUGUCGAGGAAUCGCCGUUAACACGAAAUACUCAUCUAACAUUGAGGAUGAAGACGAUGACCACCUUCCUAAACACAUUGGUGACAGCAGUGAUUGUGCUCUUCUACAGCUUGUCCUUGAAAUGGGUGAGACCUACCAGGUCUGGAGAGAUGAAUAUCCUGAGGAUAUACUAGUGCACAGACGUGCUAGUCCUAGAGAGGCACCUCCAAGUCACCAGCACACUUCUGUUGUUAUUCACUUGAAGGAUGGUGGCAGUGGAAGAUACAAGUUGUACUGCAAGGGGGCUCCUGGGUAUGUGCUGUCACGCUGCACCCAAAUGGCCCUUCCGACACUUGAGAACGUUUCAUUCGACGAUAAGGACAAAGAAAAUAUUGGAAAGGAAAUCAAGAAUCUGCAGACAAGCAAGCAGCUUGAAGUUAUUUGUUUGGCGUUUAGAUACUUUCCGGAUGACUACGACUGGGACGACGAGGAGUCAAUGUCAGAGCUUACGUUCCUGGGUUAUGUUGGUAUUGAUGAAAUUGUCCGAACACGGGUUCCGGAUGCCAUAUGGGAUCUCCACCAAUCAGGUAUUAAAGUGUGUAUGGUUACUGGGGACAACUUGAGUGCUGCAGGAAGAUUCGGCUCAAAGAGCGGAAUCCUGUCACCAACAAGUGAUUGGCCUCUCAAAGAAUUUUCCUAUUUUGGAUGUGAUAGCAAAGUUUUCAGCAGCAUCACUAAAGAAAAGUUUGACAAAUGGUGGCCAAACGAACUUCGUAUCCUGGCCUCUGCUGGAGCGGCAGACAGACUAAAAUUCAUCGAACACAUUCAAAGGAGCCGAUCUUCUCCCCGUGGUGAGAUAGUGGCUGUCACCGCUUCUGGCGUGAAUGAUGACAAAGUAUUGAGGAGAGCUGACGUGGGACUUACCAUGGGCGUGUCUGGAACAGACGUUGCGAAGGAAUCCGCUGAUAUUGUGUUAGAGAAUGACGACUUCACCAGCAUUGUCGAGGCAGUCAAAUGGGGACGUAACUUGUACGAGACCAUCCUCAAGUUCCUCCAGUUCCAGUUCACCGUCGCGUGGGUUGCUAUCAUCGUUGUGAUUGUUGGAGCGUGUGUCACAAAGCGAAGUCCUUUGUCAGCCACUCAGCUGCUUUGGAUAAACCUUAUCAUGGAUUCAUUGGCGUCGUUCGCUCUGACACGUGAUCAGCCAUCGAAUGACAUCUUCAAACACAAGCCUUACGGUCAAAGAAAGCCUCUUAUAUCCCGCGCUCUGCUCAGGAACGUGAUUGGUCAUUCCAUAUACCAACUGGCUGUUAUGUUCUUGUUAAUGUUUGUUUUUCCUGAUUUCCUGGACAUGAGAGAUGGAUAUGAGGAAUCCAGCGUGUGCCGACCAACUCAGCACAAGACCAUGGUGUUCACGACCUUUGUUUUCAUGCAGCUUUUUAAUGAAAUCAACUGCAGGCGGCUCCAGGAUAGGAACGUGUUUUAUGGAUUGUUGUAUGGCAAGCUCAGAGAUAUCAACUUCGUUUUUAUCAUAAUCUGGAUUGCCUCUAUGGGAAUUCAGAUCAUCAUUGUACAAUUCUUCACAAACGCGUUUCGUGUGAUUGAUAUGGAGUGGGACCAGUGGAUGUGGAGCUUGUUUUUUGGGUUUUCUGAGCUUAUUUGGGCCCAGCUCGUGUUUACUAUUCCCAAGGGGAUUAUUCCUCGUCAGAUUCGUUGCUGUACGACUGGAAUCAGCAGAAACAAAAAAGAUUGCUGCGAGAAGCUGGCCUUCACCCGGGGAGUCUCCAAGGUUCGAAAACAGAACCUGACGAUGUACAAAUAUGACAAUAGGAAUAUGAGGAUUUUUGACAACGGGACAGUGACUCCUGCUGCAGAGGAAUACAGUAUGACCACUGGAAACUGAUGAAACAAGGAACAUUUCACUUAAUUCAGAAUUUGUUCAACUGACUAUUCAUAAAGUCGCAACUAAUACAGCCAUGUUAAACUUGGUUUACACUUGUGACAUAACGAUUCAUGACGUAAUUUAGUUAGAUGUAGCACCCCACUAGUGUCCAAGAGGCAUGGUUCGAAUUUCAUUGAGGCCUUGAAGGCCUUUCUUCCUGCAUUCAACUUCAGAAUCAUAUCGUUUACUUGAUGAUAACAAAGGAAGCUUUUUUGUUAUUAUGUUUGUAGUGUGAGCUGGUGAAAUACUUUUGCAGAUAUUUUAGCAGAUUUUUUAGCAGAUUUUGCGAAUCAGCGGCUUAUUUUUGAAUGGGUCCAAAGAGCUGGACGAUAAUCACAUUUAGUAUAAUUUCACAGCUGAGCAAAGAGUUUCCAGCUGAUUGGUCGAGCGGUUCCUUAUAUGACGCUAU